AUGCUCAACCCUCACGAGUCCCUGGGCAUCGCCCAAAUCGUCUUCUACGUGCCCAUCGUCCCAACCGCAAUCUGGCUCAUGAAGCGCAACGGCAAAAUCCGCCCACGCCUCGCCUGGUGGCCUCUGAUCCCCUUUAGUCUGAUGCGUCUCGCCGGUGGCCCUGUCAUCAUCGCCUUCGAACAGAACCCCAGCAUCGGCCUCUACGUCGCAGCCAUCAUCCUCCUCAAUGUCGGCGUUGUUCCUCUCAUCAUUGCUACACUAGGCUACGUCCGCGUCGUGCUCCUCGACAACUACAGCUCCAAUCCUCGAGCCAACAAAAUCGGUGUCAUCAUGCGUCUCUGCAUCUUCGUCGCAAUCGGUCUCCUCGCUGCCGGCGGUGGCGUCAGUUCCAUCGGCACACCAUCCGCAAUGUCCACCAGCCGCACGCUCACUCUCGUCGGAUAUAUCGUCUUCGCCGUCAUGCUCGCCGUGCUCAUCUCCAUGAUGGCCUUUUUCUGGAGAAAGAAGCAGACCCUUCUCCCCAGCAGCCAAACCGUUUUACGUGGCGGUCUCCUCGCAUCCCCUUUCCUCAUCAUCCGCACCGUCUUCGGUCUCCUGGAAGUCGUCCUUCAAAACAGCGCCACCUCUCCCUUCAAUCCCAUCGAGGGUAAUGCCGUGGCGUUUGCACUGAUGGCUCUGCUGCCAGAGUAUAUCGUCGUACUCACUUACAUCUACACCGGCUUCUCGAUUCCCCCUGACCGAGGCGUCCCUUCUGCUCUAGAGGCAGAGAGAGUCACACAAGUCGCCGAUAAAAGCAACGUCUAAGCGGGCUUGAUUCUAGAUGCUCGUUUCUUAUAUAGACCAUGUAAUACGAUAAGCGGGAGACGUCUAGGGAGAUGGUUAGUUGAAGGGGUGCAAAUGCAUUGUCAGUAAAAGGAAAUACGGACAAGUAGCGCAUCCACGAUGCGAAAGUCUUGUUUAAAAGGAAAAUUGUUUCGGAUACCCCCUUAGCAUGCACAUAUAGUUAUCAC